ACUUUUAAAUACUAUAUAAAAUAUAUAUUAUAUUAUUUUCUAAAUUCAUUUAAUUAAAUUAAAUUUGGGAGCUCUUAUACUGCUCCCCGUUCCAUUUGAAAAAAAUAAUAAUUAAUCGCUAUUUUAUUAAUACACCAAGUAAAAAAUUCUACAUAUGAAAUAAUGGCUGUUCUUCUGUUCUGUUUUAUGAAUUUAUCCCGGUGACUGGCGUUUCUGCGCCCGGAUUCAUCUCUCUCCCUCGGCGGUUAGAAAAUGGGAAAAACUUUAGUCAAAUACUUUGUGGCGGACGCGUUCGCUGACUCGGCCUUCAAGGGAAACCCCGGAGUUGUGUGCAUACUAGAGGACGAGAGAGAUGAGAAAUGGAUGCAAGCAGUUGCCGCCGAGUUCAACAUCCCCACUACCGGAUUCUUGACUCUGGUCACCGACUCCGAUGAUGUUUCUUCGAAUCCCAGGUUCCGCCUCAGGUGGUUCACUCCUGUGGCUGAGGUCAAGCUUUGUGGUCAUGUAACAUUGGCAGCUUCACAUGCUCUGUUUAGUAAUGGAUUGGUGAAUUCCAGCGUAAUUGAUUUUGAGACGCUUUCAGGGAUUCUAACAGCUAAGAAGAUUCCUGAUAUCUUUACUGCUACUCGAAAUGACGAAACAGAAGAGAGCUUUGCCAUUGAAUUAAAUUUACCAACUGUCCCAAUUGCAGAAUUCAACUCUGCUGAUGUUGCCUUGGUUUCUAGAGCUCUGAAUGGCGCUACCAUAAUUGAUAUCAAGAGGACUACUACUGCAGACGACCUCUUCGUUGUGCUGGGAUCUGGUAAAGAUGUUGCAGAAUUGCAGCCACGGUUCGAUGAGGUUCUGAAAUUUCCUGGGAGGGGGAUUAUUGUUUCUGGAGUUGCCCCGCCAGAGUCUGGUUUCGAUAUUUACAGUCGAUUCUUCUGCCCGAAAUACACAGUCAAUGAGGAUCCUGUUUGUGGGAGUGCACAUUGUGCUUUAGCACCAUAUUGGAGUAAAAAGCUGGGGAAGCAUGACCUUAUGGCAUAUGCAGCAUCACGUAGAAGUGGAAAGUUGAGCGUUCAUUUGGAUGUGCAGAACGAUAGAGUGCUGCUGCGAGGGAAAGCUGUUAAUGUUAUGGAAGGCUCUCUUCUUGUUUAGAUUUGGAGUUACUUCCUUUUACACUGUGCUUGUUUGACUAUUAAAGAAAUGACAAUGAAUUGAAUAUUCUCUUAAUAUAUAUUGUUUUCUUUUA